AUGAAGCGGAAGGCUGAAGCAGCUCUUGACCGCAAGAGCUCUCUCAAGAAGAGAUCGAAAAAUGCUCUGACCGAAGAAGACGCAAAAUCAAGGUUUCGAAAGGGCCUUUUCGACAAGACCGUCCUCAAAAACCAUACCUCUGAAUACGCCUCAUCCUCUCCAUACAAGCACUGCGUCAUCUCGGGCCUCGUCAAUGACACCCUCCUGCGCUCGGUGCGGGACGAGAUCCGGGCCAAUGUCUCCUUCACUCCCAAGGAGACGGACAUCUACAAGAUCCACCAGUCCGGCGACCUGGCGAACCUGGACGGCCUCGAAGACGACGCGCUAGCCAAGCUCCCCUCCCUCCUCUCCCUCCGCGACGCCCUCUACUCGCAGACCUUCCGAGACUACGUAUCCGGCAUCACGGGCUGCGGGCCCCUGAGCGGCCGCAAGACCGACAUGGCCAUCAACGUCUACACCCCGGGCUGCUACCUGCUCUGCCACGACGACGUGAUCGGCUCGAGGAAGGUCAGCUACAUCCUGUACCUGACGGACCCGGACCUGCCGUGGAAGGCCGAAUGGGGCGGUGCCCUCCGGCUGUUCCCCGUGGCGGAGCGCACCGGCAAGGACGGCGAGAAGGCCAAGACCCCCGGCCCGGACGUGGUCAAGGUCAUACCGCCGGCGUGGAACCAGCUGAGCUUCUUCGCCGUGCAGCCGGGCGAGUCGUUCCACGACGUCGAGGAGGUGUACCACGCGGCCGGCGGAAAGGAGGAGCUGGAACGCGACGGCGGCCGCGUCCGCAUGGCCAUCAGCGGCUGGUUCCACAUCCCGCAGAUCGGCGAGGACGGCUGGGUCGAGGGCGCCGAGGAGAAGGCGGCUAAGAACAGCGGUCUCAUGCAGCUACAGGGCAACCCGGACCAGUACGACCGCCCCGAGGCAAGGCCGGUUACGGUCGAGCCGAGCGAGAGCAGCCAGGAGAGCGACGAGUUCAUGCUAGACGAGGCAGAUCUCGAGUUCCUGCUCAGGUACAUCGCGCCGACCUACCUGACCCCCGAUACCCUGGAGCGGGUGGCGGAGCAUUUCGAGGAGAACUUUAGUAUCACUGUGCCAGGGAUACUAUGCGCCAAGUUUGCGGACAGGCUACGAACAUACGUCGAGGCUCAGGAAGCCACACCCUUGCCACAAGAGAGCUCCGCCAUCGAGAAGAAGAGUGCCUGGAAGGUCGCCCGGCCUCCCCACAAGCAGCGCUACCUUUACCAGCGGCCUGGCGACUCCAGCAAGGACGACAACUCGCCCAUCAAGGAACUCCUCGAGGUCCUCCUGCCGAGCCGCCAGUUCCGCGCGUGGCUGCAGAUGGCCACCAAGAGCACAGUCGAGAGCCACGACCUGGUCGCCCGGCGGUUCCGCCGCGGCAAGGAUUACACGCUCGCGACGGGCCACGAUGGCAAGCCCCGGCUGGAGCUCAACCUCGGCUUCACGCCGACGAGCGGCUGGGGAGACGAGGUAGAGGCGGAUGACGAUGACGAGGACGAGGACGAGGACGGCGACCAGUCGGACGCAUCUUCCGAGGCGUCUACGGUUCGCAAUGGCGCUCCCGCCGCCAAUGGGAAGGCGAAAUCUGGCGGCGUCAGUUCCAAAGAGAAGGGCAAGGGCAAGGAAAAGGCCCCUGCGAAGAACGAGCCCAAUGGCAAGGACAAGGAGUGGACCGAGGAGGAGGAGGAGGAGGGAGAGGUUGGAGGUCACGAGGUGUAUAUGGCGGGCGACGAUGAUGACAACGAGGAUGCGGCCGUCUACAAGAGCAGCGCCGACGACGACAACGUCCUGUUCUUCCAGGCCGCGGCGUGGAACAAGAUGACGCUUGUGCUGCGCGACAGCGGCACGCUGCGGUUUGUCAAGUACGUGAGCCGGAACGCGAAGGGGGACCGGUGGGAUGUCAGUGGGUCAUUUGAAAUUGAGGAGCAGGAGGAUGAGGACGAGAGGGGAGAGAGGAGCGGUGCCCCGGUGGGUGUGCUGGACGACUCUGAGGAGGAAGAGUUCAAGGGGUUCUCAAGCAGCGAUACCAUUUCGAAGUACUCAGAUAUUAUCAGCUUGCAGUCGUUCCACCACACAUCACAAUGUAAGAUUCCCACUACCACACUGCUCAUAUCAAAUAGUAUACUAAUGCAGUCAGCUACCCCGAAGGCGCAAGCCACUCCCUUUGCAACACAAUUUGGAGGCAAUGCCAGCACUGCGAGGACAUGCGCAGUAUCAAUCGGAAGGUUCUUUUCCCAGAGCGCCCGUGUCCUGAACACCGAAGAGUCUGGCGACGCGCAGGCUGUCGACAAUGCUCUGAGGUCUGCUUCGGAGACUGGAGCCACUACGACGAAAUCAGGGGCACCCGCUGGCAGAGAAGGAGAGACUCCUCACGGCAUCUUCAUUCGCAACAUGGUCUUCGACGCGACUGAGGAACACCUCAAGGAAAUCUUUGAGAAAUACGGAACGGUGACCAGGGCUGCUGUUUCGCGUGAUGCUCGUGGCCUGAGCAAAGGAUUCGGCUUCGUUUGGAUGAACAGCGCCGAAGAGUCUGCCCGGGCAAUCGCCGAAGUGCAUGGCUCCUUCUGGCACGGUAGACGCAUCCAGUGCGCCCCGAAGACGUCACCGAACGCGUCCGCUCGCACGGCAGCACAGGAGCCGACCAAGUACAUCUAUAUCGGAAACAUCCCGUACGAGACGACCGACGCUGAGCUGAACCGCCUCUUCAAGAGCCUGGAUAACGUCGUAGACGUUCGUGUCGCCGUCGACCGCGUGACUGGCUGGCCGCGAGGCUUCGCCCAUGCCGACUUCACCGAUGUCGAGGCUGCACAGAAGGCGCACCAAAUGCUGCAGGACUUCCAGCUUGCUGGCCGGCAGCUCCGCGUUGAUUUCACGACUGGCCCGCAAGAUGGGUCAGGCUCGAAGGGCCAGAAGCCAUCCUAA